AUGAAUAGAGCAAACUCAGAUUCCAUCCCUAAUGAUCUCAUUCGUGAUAUACUCUCAAGAUUGCCUACAAAAUCAAUCGCUAGGUUUCGUUGCGUGUCGAAGGUAUGGAAGUUGAGUAUUUGCCAGCCAUAUUUCACCGAGUUGUUGUUAUUAAGGUCCUCCACUCGUCCACGUCUCUUAAUUGGGGUCGAAAAAGAUGGUGAGUGGAGCUUCUUCUCGUCGCCUCAGCCUCAGAAUCUAGAUGAGAAGUCGUCCCUUGUAGUAGCCGCCGAUUUUCAUACCAAGUUCGGUCGAGUCGAUGGUGUAGCGGUUUAUGAUAUUCUGACAUUAGGAACUGAAAAUCCGAGGUGGACGGAGAUCACAUGCCCCUUUCCCUAUUUUGGUCAUCGUGAAAAGGGGAUAUGCAUUAAUGGUUUGUAUUACAUAUCUUAUGGCAUUCCGGGCAAAGUGGAUGAUCUGAUAGGUUGCUUUGAUGUUAGGUGUGAAAAGUUCAAGUUGCUAGAUAAAACUUAUGAUAUACUAUGCCGCUAUUGUGAAUUGAUAAACUAUAAGGAUAAAUUAGGUGUGAUUAACUGGAAGUAUGCUGAGGAUGGUGGAUUUCCUCUAGAAUUAUGUAUGUGGGUUCUAGAGGAUCUCGAGAAACAGGAAUGGUCGAAAUAUGACUACACUUUGAGGACUGAGGAUAAAGUCGUUAAGGUUAACAAAAAUCUUCACGUUGUUGGGGUGAAUGAUUCAGGUGAAAUUGUUUUGGCCAAGACAACGGCAUGUAAACCGUUUUAUGUUUUCUACCUCAGCCCCGAAAGGAACACUCUCCAAAGUGUUGAAAUCCAAGGCGUUACAGAAGAGGAAGAAUCGUAUAACAAUCCUAGAGUUUACUACUUUGUAGACCAUGUCGAGGAUCUUAAUAAGUUCGAUACUUUGAAGAUAGCACAUGCUGCAACACCAAUAAACCCACCAGAAUAG